AUGCCUCACCGCGUCCCACGACUUCCCGCAGCCCGCCCCUCAGAGAUCUUCUGCAUGGGCGCUGCCGGUGUUGGAGUCCUGACCCCUCUCUACCUCGUCAUGCCCGGCGCCGAAGAGCGUCUAUCCAACCAAACCAACAAGUGGGCUCCUCGAUGGGAGCGCAACCUCAGCUACUUCAUCCCUCCCGUCGAGCGAGGUGUCCAGCGCAUCGAGCCUCCUGUGGCCAAGAUGGUUCAGCGAGUGGAGGAUCGUCUGCCUCUGGAGAAGAUGGCCAAGUCUGUUGAUAAGGGCAUCCGAAGCGGUAUUGCCCGGUUCAACGGCGAGCCCAAGCCCUAA